AGUACGAAAAACAUGCAAAUCAGAUCGGUUUUGGUUUCUCUGCUGAUCGUUAUACAGGGAAGGUCGAUUGCCAGCCUGGAUUUGGGUCAUGCCGUCGACGGGCGCAUUGCUGGCGGGGAUCUGGCCGGAGCCAAUCAGUUCCCCUAUCAAGUGGGCCUUAGUAUUGAGGAACCCAACGACUUGUUUAGCUGGUGUGGAGCUAGUUUGAUCUCCGACCGAUAUCUGCUAACGGCGGCACACUGCGUCGAGAAGGCUGUUGCUAUAGCCUACUACUUGGGUGGAGUGAAGCGACUAGAGCCUCGACAACUCAUCCGAACGACUGAUCCCGAAGUGCACCUGCACCCAGGCUGGAAUUGGGAAACCCUGGAGAACGACAUCGCUGUGCUGCGAUUACCGGAGGAUGCUACUCUCUGCGACUCCAUAAGACCCAUCCGGCUGCCAGGAAUCUCAUCCAGCCAUCUCAGUUACGACUACGUACCCGCAAUCGCUUCCGGUUGGGGCCGCAUCAAUGAUGAAUCCGCUGCGUUAUCCAAUACCCUGCGUUAUGUGGUCCGCUUUGUGGAAUCCAACGAGGACUGUCGGUUCUCCUACUCCAACAUUCAGCAAAGCAACAUCUGCAUGGACACCACCAGCGGCAAGUCCACUUGCCAUGGCGACUCCGGCGGACCGCUGGUCUUCGAGGAUCCCACCUUACAUACAGACGUUCUGAUCGGCAUUACUUCCUAUGGCAAAAAGUCGGGCUGCACGAAGGGCUAUCCAUCGGUGUUCACACGCGUCACCGCCUAUCUGGAUUGGAUUGGCGAGGUGAGCGGGGUCGUCUACGCCUAGAGUGGCCCUCGAUGGCUGAUCAAACAGUGCUGGGCACUGCAAUUAAAUUAAAUGUUGAGCAUUUUA